AUGAUCUAUAUGUCCCAUUCUGAUUUUCCCCCGAGAAAAAAUAUGUGUACGCUCAUCAAGUGCGUCAGCUACAAGGCCGUCUCCAAGAAGCGCUGCUACUGCAGGGGGAGCAGCCGCCUCAGCUCAGAUCAGUACACCCUCUCACUACGCCCGCACUCGUGUACCGCUAUCUCCAGUAGCGGCAGUAGGACCAGCAACAGCAAUACGGGGCUCCCCACAGCAUCAACGGCAAACGCACAUGGGGAACGCAAAUCUCACUCAGGAGGAGGAGGAACACCAUCGGCAGCAGCAGCCGCCGGACCGUAUGGCUCAAGUGUCGCCGGUUAUCGACGAAGUCUACUAGCGCCUCCCCCUGGCCAUCCGCAGCCUGGUGGAGCUACCGGCGGCGGUGGCACUAGUAGCAGUAGUAGAAGAGCAGGUGGAAGGUGCUUUCUGCUAGCUGUGCUCUUCCUAAUUGCUUUUCUUUACUUUGGCUACGUUUUUGGUUUACUACUCCCAAUGCUACUUCCAUUCCCUACACCAGCAGGAGUCCUUCUCUUUUUGGUUUUCCAUUGCUGUUUUCUUCUGCUUCUAUGCUCCUUCUUCAAAGCCGUGUUCACCGAUCCUGGACGCGUGCCUGCCAAUUGGGGGUUCUACAUGGGUGAUGAAAACAAACGAAGAAGAUACUGCAAAGUAUGCGACGUGUGGAAGCCCGAUAGGACACAUCACUGCUCCGCAUGUGGCAGAUGCGUGUUGAAUAUGGACCACCACUGCCCAUGGAUAAAUAACUGCGUUGGAUUUUACAACAGAAAAUAUUUUAUACAACUCCUGGUGUAUGCCUUAAUAUCUCUAUUUAUGGUUUUUUGCCACGGGUUUUACUUUAUUUUCAUGGAAAGCCUCCGCACAGGAACGCAACUUCACUAUGGCAGAGCACCUCGUCAAUUUUCAACAGGCACUAGUACUACUACGACGACUGGAGAAGUAGACUUCCAACAGCAUGCACCGUGGAGUGUAUUGAGAUAUGUCUACGUCUGCCUAGUCUUGUUCGUCUCCAUGAUUUUGAUUUUUGCCUUAAUUCCCUUCUCUCGCUUUCACAUGAAUCUCGUCUUGAGGAACUCGACGACAAUCGAAAAUAUGGAUGUCGUUAAUAGAGACAGGAAUCGUUAUGACUUAGGAGUCAGUAGAAAUGUUGAGCAGGUAUUCGGAGCAAAUCCAUGCUGCUGGCUGAUUCCUCUGCAGUCGGCGGCUACGCGUCCUGUGGGAGAUGGUGUUCGGUGGAGUAUGCAUUAUAUGGUAGCUAAUGACGACCAGUAUUACGAAUACAUAGACGCCCUCACACUAAUAGUCUCUCUUGCUUUCUUUCGCAUCGUCACAUAUCAAGUCUUCAAUAGCAGCAUCCUCAACAGUUGUACUAAACCCACCGGUAUAGUAUUGCCACCUGGGCUACGACACGGCCGUCGUGAAAGAGGUCUCUAUAAGAGUCGUCGAAGGAUAUCUCCAGUACCUAAAGCGUUAAAUACGCCUAAUGUAGCCAUGUUGAUGGGGUCUCCGAGAAAACGCUUGUAG